AUGUUCGCAGCCAUUCCCUUCUCAAUACCACUGCUACUUACUUUGAGCUUGACAGUCAUUGCGUAUCUGGCUCUCAGACUCUUCAGGCAUAUUCGCUACAACAUCUGGGUCCGCACUAAUCCCGAGUUCGCCAAAAUCCCACACCUCCCCCAGCACUGGCUACUUGGUAACCUCAUCAAUGUUGGGAAACACCUCGAUCCGAGCUUGCCGCGCCAUCCAGACUAUGGAUUCGAGGAGAUAUGGAACAAGCUGGACCGUCCACCAUGCUUCUGGUUCGACAUGGCACUCGUCGGCAUCAUUGUCCUGGUCGUGGUGGACCCUGCCCUCGCUGAAGCAGUCACCGAGCCACGACCGGGCCUGAAAUACUCGACCCUCAAGUCGGAUACGCUACAGAGUUUCUCUCGUCUCCUUGGGUGGGAGUCCUUGGUUCUGGUCCAUGGCGAAGAAUGGCGUUCUCUCCGCCGACGCUUCAACAAGGGUUUCGCGCCCACCCAUCUCCACAGCCUUGCUCCUCUGAUCCUCGACCGAACGCAGAUCUUCAUCUCUCGCCUCAAAGCUUUCGCCCAGUCCGGCGAGGACUUCCUCAUGCGCGACCUAGCCCAGGACCUCACCACCGACAUCAUCACCAUGGUCUCCCUCGAGCGCGACUUUGGCGCGCAGACCAGCGGCAAAGACAUGGGCGAGAACGCCUGGCCGUUUGGAAUCUUCUACUUGACCAAAUGCCUUGCCGAGCAAGCAUUCAAAGUCGGCCAGGGUUUCAACCUUCUGCAAUCCAUCGACCCUGUCCGACCUUUCAUGGCCUGGCUCAACGAGCGCAUUCUCAAUUGGCGACUCUAUCACAUUGUGUCCGAGAAGCUCAACGAGACACGCCAUCCUCCCUCCCACAGCACCGACAGCAAACCCAGCACAAGACCCUCCCGCUCCAUCGUCCAGCUCGCCACCGCCGACCUUCCCCCGAACCGCGCCCUAAUCAACAACACCGUCUCGCAAAUCAAAUCCUUCCUCUUCGCCGGCCAAGACACCACGGCCACCCUAAUCCAAUGGCUCACCUUCGAGCUCAGCAAAUGCACCUCGAUGCCGCCCAUCGACCCGCAAUACGCCCACUGCCGCGCCAUCUACCAGGCGCUGGUCGACGAACACGACGCCGUCUUCGGCGCCCACGACCCCUUCUCCGCCCUGGCCGCCCUCGCCGACCCCACCUCCAGCGAAGCCACCAUCAACACCCGCCUCCCCGUCACCAACGCCUGGGUCAAAGAAGCGCUGCGCCUGCACCCGCCCGCCGCCACCGCGCGCUACGUGCCCCUCGAAUCCGCCAACAUGCCGCCCUUUGAGAUCCCCAUCCCAAAUGCAAACCCAAACUCCUCCUCCUCCUCCUCCUCCUCCUCCACAGCCCGCAUCAACGGCCUCCGCAUCUACAACUGCCAGUACCUCCUCCACCGCGACCCCUCCAUCUGGGGCCACGACACCGCCGCGCUCUUCAACCCGUCCCGCUGGCUCGACGAGGACUACGUGCGCGCCCUGCCGACGGGGGCGUGGCGGCCCUUUGAGCGCGGGCCCCGGAACUGUAUCGGCCAGACGUUGGCCGUGUUGGAAGGGGUCGUCGUCUUGUGUUGCGUCGCCCGGGGGUUUGCGUUUGAGAAGAGGGGCGGGGGAAAGGGGUGGGGGGGUGAGGAGGAGGUGCGGACCACGCUGCGCGUCACGGCUGUGGUGGGUGAUGGGAUGCGCAUGGGGGUCAAGCUGGGGGUUUGA